GAGCUGCGCUGUGGGACGUGCUCGUGAUAGGAAAGGCUGAGACGAGCCGUCCCGGGCGUGCUUUGCGGCCCGAUGAGGCGGCCGCCUUCUGCGUGUCCGUGGUGACGCUUGGACUUGUUGCACGGAGCUUGACCGGCCAACGCCCUGACAGCGCAGAUGGCCCUUCGCUCUCCCUUUUCUCUCAGUUCUCAUAAGACGACAUUGGUGUUCAUAGUGAUGUUUUCUUAGAUGUCCAGUUUCACUCUGAAAUCUCCUCUCUGUGUUUAUAGAGAAAAAGAAGCAUCCCCAAGCUUGUGUUUCUGUGGUAUGAUUCCAUCUUCCUGAGACCUUGGCGCACUCUGUUGCUUGAGUAAGGAUGCCUUAAGAAGAAAACUAUGGAUAAAUAUAUUAAAGUGCAAAAAAUUGGAGAAGGAUCCUUUGGGAAAGCCUUUCUUGUGAAAGAUAAAGAAAAUAGCCAGCAGUAUGUUAUUAAAGAAAUUAACAUCUCGAAGAUGUCAAACAAAGAGAGAGAAGAAUCAAGGAGAGAAGUUGCUGUACUGGCCAACAUGAAACAUCCAAAUAUUGUCCUGUACAGGGAGUCAUUUGAAGAAAAUGGUUGUCUGUACAUAGUGAUGGAUUACUGUGAAGGAGGAGAUCUCUUUAAAAAAAUAAAUGCCCAGAAAGGAGUCUUAUUCUCUGAGGAUCAGAUUCUGGAUUGGUUUGUACAAAUCUGUUUAGCACUGAAACAUAUACAUGACAGAAAGAUCUUACAUCGUGACAUCAAGUCGCAGAACAUAUUUUUAACCAAAGAUGGAACAAUACAGCUGGGAGAUUUUGGAAUCGCCAGAGUUCUGAACAGCACUGUGGAACUGGCUCGCACUUGCAUAGGAACACCGUACUAUCUAUCUCCUGAAAUAUGCCAGAACAGGCCUUACAACAAUAAAAGUGAUAUCUGGGCCCUUGGUUGUGUUCUCUAUGAAAUGUGCACGCUUAAGCACGCAUUUGAAGCUGGUAACAUGAAGAACUUGGUACUGAAGAUCAUCUCUGGAUCUUUUCCUCCGGUUUCUAUGCAUUAUUCCUAUGACCUACGUAAUCUACUGUCACAGUUAUUUAAAAGGAAUCCUAGGGAUAGACCAUCAGUAAACUCCAUAUUGGAGAAAAACUUCAUAGCCAAACGGGUUGAAAAAUUUCUCACGCCACAGCUUAUUGCAGAAGAAUUCAGUCACAAAACGUUUCACAAGUUUGGACCGCAUGCUGCGCCAGCUAAAAGACCAGCUCAAGGACAAAUCUCGGCUUCAAUUGCACCAGCUCAGAAAAUUACCAAACCUGCUGCAAAAUACGGAGUGCCUUUAGCGAUGAAGAAGUGUUAUGACGCACCCAAAAAGCAUCAUGAGAAAAAGUCAUUGAUUAAACUUAGGCAGGCCUAUCCAACUCCAAAGAAGAAAAUUAUUCCAGGAGAAGAAAGGAGGAAAAUGUUUGAGGAACCUUCAAAAAAGAAAAGGUUAGAAUUGCCUGAAAAAGAAAAACGCCAGAGAGAUCAGAUCAGUUUACUGAAGGCAGAGGAAGUAAGAAGACUGGAAAAAGAAAGGAUGGAACGAAUAAACAGAGCCAGGGAACAAGGAUGGAGGAAUGUGCUUGGUUCAGCUGGAAGUGGUGAUGUUAAGGCACCGUAUUAUGGCGGUGGAGGUGGUGUUGGUCCUUUUCCUGCCUCUUUGAAAGGACAGUAUGAGCACUAUCACGCUAUUUUUGACCAGUUGCAAAAGGAAACCUUCAAAGUAACUAAAGAGAGGCAAGCCAAAUGGAGGGCGGAAGUACAAGGCCAAGAAGCUGCUGAGAGAGGAAUUCCACCUGGAGUACGUCCAGGAGUUCCUAAGGGGCCUGCAGGUCAUCACCAUUUACCUGAUGCUGAUGCAAUUAGGAAAAAAGUGAAAAGGUUGAAGGAGGUGUCUAAACAAGCCAGUGCAAACAGGCAGAAAGGAUGGUUACCUGCAGAAAGAGCAAAGCAAGUUGAAGAAUUCUGGCAACGAAAGAGGGAAGCCAUGCAAAACAAAGCUCGUGCUGAGGGACACAUGGGUACACUGCAAAACGUGGCAGAUAUCUAUGGAGGCAGGCCCAUGUCUGCAAGAGGAAGGAAAUCCAGAAACAAGGAAGAAGAGGAGUAUUUGGCAAGGUUAAGACAGAUACGACUGCAGAACUUCAAUGAACGUCAACAGAUUAAAGCGAAACUUCGUGGAGAGAAGAACGAAGCUCCCAGUUCUGAUGGACAAGAGUCAAGUGAGGAAGCAGAAAUGAAACGCAAAAAGAUAGAAGCACAGAAGGCCCAAGCAAAUGCUCGAGCUGCAGUUCUGAAAGAACAGUUAGAGCGAAAGAGGAAGGAAGCAUACGAAAGAGAGAAGAGAGCUUGGGAAGAACAUCUGAUAGCUAAAGGAGUAAAGAAUCCUAACGUGCCUUGUCAUGUGGGAGCAGCAGGACACAGUCCUGUGCACGGAAUACAAGAGCCUGGAGUAUCUCUUCCUAAGCAACAGCUUCCAGUUAAGCCCAUCUCCAUGACUUCUGCUUUGAAAGAAGUGGGAGUGGAUGGAGAUGUAACCGCUGCCCAGGAGGUUAAAGAGGAAGUCAAGAAGCCAGAUCUUGCAGUGCAGAACAAGCGGCAAAUACUGAAAAGGUUAAAUCAAAAUCUUAAAGCUCAGGAAGAUGAGAAAGGAAGAAAGGAUGAUAAAAACAUCUCUGAGUCGGAUGGGUCUGAAGAUGGUAAAGAAGAGCAGGAAGAUAACUACCCACUUGUAGGAGAUCGUAAAAGAUGGGCGUCAAGAGCAUCAGAUUUGGUAGUUCCUUUAGCUCAGUUAACAAUGGAAGAGUCUCUCUCUGGGACGGACCGGCAAACUAUGGGGGAAGUAAUUAGGCUGGAUAUCGGUGAACCUCGCAGGAAAGUCUGGGGCAAAAGCCCUACUGAUUCGGUCCUGAAGAUUCUAGGAGAAGCAGAGCUGCAGCUACCAACUGAAGUACUGGAAGAAAUAGAUGUAAUAAAUGAGCCUGAUGAUUUGGAAGCAGAGGUGUUGAAAGAAACUGAAGAAAAUAAAAAGGACCAGAGCAAGGAAUUUCCCAUCGCUGUUAAUGAAGUGUGGGUGAAAGAAAAAGAAGAUAAUGCACAACAUGACAGAAGAGAUGAAGCAGCUUUGGAGAAAGCAGUGCUUGAUGAAGUGCAAUCACAAAAUGAAGCUCCAGGAGAAACUUGUUCCAGUGACUCUGUGCAACCUGAACCGUUAUUCCAGAGGGUGAUGCAGCCCCCAGCUGUACCUGCAGCCUCACCAGUUCUCUCAUCUCAGUCUUCCCAGGAAGAGCCUUUUGUACCUCGUUCUCGUUCCAGAUCGCCAGCAAAAAAUAAAGGGAAAAGUUCCUUGUUUUUUGGACUUUCUACAGGGUUGUUUGAUGCAAACAACCCAAAGAUGCUGAGGACGUGUUCGCUCCCGGAUCUUUACAAACUGUACAGAACCUUAGUUGAUGUUCCCAGCAUAGCAGAUGUGCAGCAUCAACACAGUCUUGAAAUAGAUGAUACAGAAGAUGAGCAGGCCAAAGAAGGACCCUCUGAUUCGGAGGAUAUCAUGUUUGGGGAGGCCGAUACAGAUUUGCAGGAACUCCGGGCCUCAAUGGAACAAUUGCUUAGGGAGCAGCCUGAGGAAUUAAGUGAAGAAGAGGAAUCUACUUUAAAGGCUAACGUCAUCAAAUGCAUGACAAAUGGUGCAGAGCUGGAUGAAGCAGAUGAAAAUAACCCCAGCAGUGAAAGUGCUCUUAACGAAGAAUGGCAGUCAGAUAACAGCGAUGGAGAUAUUGCCAGUGAAUGUGAAGAGUGUGAUAGUGUCUUCAGCCAUCUGGAAGAGCUGAGAUACAACCUGGAGCAGGAAAUAGGCUUUGAGAAAUUAAUUGAAGUUUAUAAUAAAAUAAAGGCUAUACAUGAAGAUGAAGAUGAAAAUAUUGAUAUUUGCUCAAGCAUAGUUCAGACUAUUCUGGGAAAUGAACACAAACACUUGUAUGCCAAAGUACUUCACCUAGUCAUGGCAGAUGGAGCCUACCAGGAAGAUAAUGACGAAUAAAGCUGACUCAGGAAACUCCUUAGUGCUGCACGACACAUCAGUGUUCAAAGUCUGCACAGCAGGGUAACAGAUUGUAAUGAAAGUGUAACAUGGGGCAGGAGAAAGAAGAGCUGGAAAGAAGAGUGCUGACAGUAUGAAGCAGAGAGGAAAAAGAUGCCUUUUACAUUCAGAUAUGUAUACACUUCUCUUGUGUGUUUUGCAUAUGUGGUCAUUAAAUAUUAGAUGCCUAAAUUUGAAAAAACAAGCUAUAAUAUCUCUUUCUCUUUCUCUCAAAAAAAGGAGUAAAUGUAGCUGUUCUGAUACAAAACCAAUGCCUACAAGGUAAACCUGAGUUCUUGUCAUAGCAGCAGCUGGCUGAUAGGGUUAUGGAGCUGGAAGGAUUACAGUGUUGUGAAAGCUGCCAUCUCUAGCUGUUCAUUUGCCUACUUAAAGUAGUCCUUCUGUACACCUACGUAAAGAAACUGUUUGUUUUUAUUUGACCCCUGUGUUUGUAUUUUAAUAGCAUCCUAAUCUGGUGGUCCAGUUUCACUAUUUCACUUUUUUCUUAAUAAAAUGUAUUUUGAAGCUAAUGACUUCUGUCACUUCUUAAGUGUCAUCUGAAAAAUCUGACAGGCAUAGUUUCUAACUGAAGGCAGACUGGUAUUUCAGUUAGCGAAACACUUGAGUGUUUUAUUUUAGAGGCAGUGCAAUUAACAUGGAGCCAGAAGGCUUCACUUAUAUUCUUCCUCUGAAAAUCCCAAGUAUUUACACUUGAAGUUUUGCCAUCCAGUCAAUGAUAAUGCAGAAUAUUGUUGAAAGAUGUUUUCUCUCCUGUUUGUUUUUAAAUUCUUAUUGUUAUUUUCUUGGCCUCACAGCCAGAGGGGAAGGUGUGAAGUGUUACAGGCCAGAGUGCUCCCUGGCUGGUCAUCUUUUGGGCCAUGUUUGGUAGCUUUGUAUCUUCCACCCCUGAAAUUAAUGACCCGACCCACCUUUUUGUUUCUCCUGUCAAAGCAGUGCUGUAGGAGCCAACAUGAGCUACAUUGUUUUCGCAUCAUCACUGCUGAGGUUCAGUUGGCUUAUCCAUACAAUAAGUCUCCUGUUGCAAACCCAAUGAACUGUCAGGCUUCCAACUGUGCCCUACUGAAGAAAAUAAAAUGUUUUUUCCAGCUAGUGUAAGAUACAGCAAUAUGAAACUGCCAGCUUUUCCACCAAGUAACAUCAGGUAGACAUGAUUUAGAACGGAUGUGUACGUGUUUUCUGUAUAAUGGCUUUGUGGAGUUAUGAUUGAAGUUUCACCUGCUGAAAUGUGGUAUUUUUUUAAAUGUCUGAUUUAAGGUAGACCAAAAGGACUCGAUUUCAGCUGUAUCAUGGGAACCUAUGGUGAGAAAUCUAAAAAAAAGAUUGCCUGUUUUACUUGCCCUUAAUAUGCUGGUUACAUUUUUGUAUGUGUAUUUACCUGAUGAACACCUCUUGCUUUAUCUGGUGAGGAAAUACAAUCACUGCUGGAAACUGCUGCUGCUGACCUAUGCUUCAUCUUUUUAAAGUUUUCCAUGCUGAAUGUUGGUCCUUCUCAGUAAGCUUCCCUUGCAUUCCACUUUUCUUCAAUGAGAUCAUAGUGGAAGGAUCCUCAUCAGCUUACAUCAUCCACGAUGUUCAGCUAAUACAACUCAAAAGAGUUUACACAGACCAAGUCUGCAUUAUUUUCCUUUUUCAGUACUGCUUUUCAAAUUGUAUCUUGCACCCUUUAGGAGAAAAGAGGACUAAAAUUCUUUAAUACAGAGGGAUUUUUCUCAAAUACAACCUAGGGGUUAGGUUGCGUUCAAUUGCUUUUCUAUUGAAAUCACAUCAUUACUGACAUCCUUCAUUUGUUUUGCAGAUUGCUGGCUAGCAGAUGAAGGCUUUACAGACGUAGAGCUUUUUAUCAAUGAAUGUUCUGAGAAAUAUGCUUAGACUGUGCACAGCUUUUCAGAGAUUAAUAUUCAGACCUACCAAUCAAUACUGAAUAUCCUUGAAAAUCCUCAGGAGCUAAUUUUAAUUUGGCAGUAAUUAAUUUUGUAUGCUAAAGUAAUGCCUUCAUGUGAAAUUGUAGAACUCUAUUGAAGAGCCCUGUGCAUGAGUACAGUGUAACUGUGUCAGUGAUUUCUUUUUAAGGGCAAUGCAGUGAUCUGCUUGUAGUAACUUAUUUGAAUUGGUUGAGUAUUUGGAUUGCAUUGAUAAAAUUGCACUCACUGUGGGUAGCUUUCAGCUACAAAUCUAGUACCAAACAUACAGAAUGGUGGUUUUGGCUCAGAACAUCUAUUUUGUGUUGUGUCCCUGUCUUCUGGCUUUUAUCUUGAUCCUUGAAACCAGCUGUAGGUGAGAGAAGGAAAAAGCAAUUUAAUAUAUAUAUGUAUUUAUAAAUAUCCAAAACACAACAACAGUAAUAGAUCUCAGUACCUGCCUGCAUUGUGCUGUCCUGCAGAUGUGAUUACAGUCCUGUCAUGAGACUCCUCUGGCAAGGCAAGCUGUGCCAUUUAUAGCUGUAUGUGUGCAUUGAGCUUCCUGACCCUCAACUGAAUAGAACAAAUGCCCACAGCACAGCAGGAUCAUAAGGAACCUGAGCUUGUAGCCUGUGGCAGGAAGAUGAGUCUUGUGCUGUCCCAGCUGCCUUUGUUCUGGGUGGAACAGGUAGACAGUAAUCCUACCUAAAGCACUGAUGCCUCACGUCUUGUUAGAAUCACAAAACCACUCAGGUUGGAAAAGACCUUGAAGAUCAUCGUGUCCAACCACAACCUGACCAUGCUGCCCUAACUCUAACAGCCCUCUGCUGAAUCAUGUCCCUGAGCACCACCUCCAAACGGUUCUUAAACACAUCCAGGGAUGGUGAUUCAGCCACUUCCCUGGGCAGCCCAUUCCAGUGUUGUUGUUGUUGUUGUUUGGCUGUGGGUUUUUUGGGUUUUUUUUUUGUUUUCUUUUUUUGGAAAUGGGUGUGAAGUGGCUUUUGCUCUUUGAUUUGCUUUACGGUGAGAGUGUAUUUAAAGUUACUACUCGAAUGUACUUCAAAAAAAGGUGUUACCUGAUCAGGCAAUGCAAAUCACAACCAAAGCACCUCCUUGUUUCUGUGAUCUGGAAAGUGAACGGUGAGAACAAAGCUUUCCUCAUUCUGUCUGUUCGUGUAGCUGUUUACAGCACUGAUGAAUUUUUUGGCUCCUACUACUCUUGUCUCCCCCUUGCUCUGAUUUGCACAGAAAUGCUGUACGUUCAUUCAAAUAUGCUUUCUCAACGUUUCUGAAGUUCUACGACCUUGCACAAAUCUGCUGAAAACUCGAUACUUCUCCAAGAUUUCUCUUUCUACACGUGUUUGUAGGUUAAUUACACUCCUCAGAGACAGAUGGUCCUCAAUUCCACAUGGAAGUGUGAGUUCUUAGCACAGUAUUUAGCAUAAACAUUCUGAUGUGCCGUACAUUUUCUCUAUGUUUUCUUCAGGCUGGAGAGCUGGGUGGGAGAAGAAGAGCAAGUGUCAAGCAAGCUUGCUUGCCUUUUUAUUUGCUGUGCAUUGCUUGGUGUUUGUUUUGUAUGACAGAAUCAUUUAAUUGCCUCUACGAGAGCUGAAAUAUUGGGAUUGGGGUUAUGUCGUGUACAAAAUGCUUCCUGGUGAGCAAAGGGCUGGUUUUCCAAGUCAAGAUUAAAAUGCCUGUUACACACUUGAAAGUUACACUUUCAAAGGAAAAUACGUAAAAUAUCUAAUGAUAUCUAAGUACAGCAAAUAUCUAAAUUAUUUCUUAAAUACUUGUGUUUCUUGAUGUGUUAAAUAACGUGCCUCUAUGUUUUAUAAAUCAGCUAUUAAGUUUGAAGCAAACGA